GCCCCGCGGCGGAAGUGCCGCCGCAGACCGACUGUCCACUCCCGACGCGACAACGACGACGACGCUGGGCCAGCCAUGGACGCCGAGCAGUUCAGAGAGUUCGCCAAAGCCACCGUCGACUACGUCGCCGACUACUUGGAGAACAUCCGGGACAGGCCUGUGUUACCUGAUGUUACACCUGGUUUCAUGAGUAAGCUGCUACCAUCUGAGGCACCAUAUGAACCAGACACAUGGCAAGAUGUCAUACAUGAUGUAGAGCAUGUCAUUAUGCCUGGAGUUACACAUUGGCAGUCUCCAAGUUUCCAUGCAUUUUAUCCAACAGCAGUUUCCUACCCUGCAAUUGUGGGAGAGAUUCUGAGUGCUGCAAUUUCUGGUGUUGGAUUUAGCUGGAUUGCAAAUCCAGCUAGCACUGAACUUGAGGUAAUUGUCAUAGACUGGCUAGGAAAAAUGUUGGGUUUGCCAUCAGAAUUUCUACCAUCAUCUGAUGGGCCAGGAGGUGGUGUCAUACAGGGUUCUGCGAGUGAGGCUACACUGAUUGGUCUGCUGGCGGCAAGAGAGACUGCAGUGCGUAAAGCUAAAGCGCUCAACCCACACUUAAAUGAAGCUGAAUUAAGAGGAAAAUUCGUUGCUUACAGCUCUAAUCAGAGUAAUUCAUCAGUGGAAAAAGCUGGCCUCUUGGCAGCUGUUCCAAUGAAGUUACUUCCGUCAGACAACAAAUGUCGAAUGCGAGGAAACACACUUUUGAAACAAAUACGUGAAGAUCGUGCUAAUGGUCUCAUCCCAAUAUAUGUUGUAGCAACCUUUGGAACAACUGGAACUUGUGCCUUUGACCCAGCUGAUGAACUUGGACCCAUAUGCAAUGAAGAAGGCAUAUGGCUUCACAUAGAUGCUGCUUAUGCAGGUGCUGCCCUAGUUUGUCCUGAGUUCAGGCAUUUAAUGUCAGGAAUUCACUAUGCAGAUUCUUUCAACUUCAACCCACAUAAAUGGAUGCUUACUAACUUUGACUGUUCUGCUAUGUGGUUGAAGGAUGCAACAGAACUUAGCAAGAGUUUCUGUGUAGAGCGCAUUUACCUUGAACACAAGAUGCAGGGGAAAAAACCUGAUUAUAGACAUUGGCAGAUUCCCCUAGGACGACGGUUCCGUGCACUGAAGUUGUGGUUUGUUCUACGCCUGUAUGGAAUUCGUGGGAUUCAGGACAUAAUCCGAAAACAUUUGCAGCUGGCCAAAUAUUUUGAAACACUUGUCAGAGCAGAUCCUCGCUUUGAGAUUCCCUGCGACCAAAGUAUGGGUGUUGUGUGUUUCCGUUUGAAGGGUCCUGAUGAGCUGACCAGAGACUUAGUUGCACAGCUUACAGCAAGAAGGAACAUUUACUUGAUUGCAGCAACUGUCAAUGAACAGAUUGCAGCACGAUUUGUUGUAUGUAGUACUGUGACAGAAGAGAAGGACAUUGUAAAAUCAUGGCAGGAAAUUUUGUAUGUUGCAAAUAAGAUACUGGACUCCAAUGCUGAUGAUAUGAGUGUUAAAAUUGUAGAAAAGGUUUAAAAUAUAUUUGAAACAUAUGUGGGUCAUGUAUUUUACAACAGACUGUAUACUAUGAAAUAUGUAUAACAUUUUUAGCUUUAAUGCAACUGUGUGUUUCAUAUACUGCACCAUCACAAAAAAUAAAAUAAAAUAAAAUAGAAAAUAACAAAAGCAUAAAAGGCCUCAUACAGAAAGUAUUGUAAGAUGUCGCAUACUGUUAAUAUAUAAAUCAUUGACGAGAAGAAUUUUUUACACAAAAUGUUUUCUUGAUUAAACACUGCUACAAUCUCUCUCUCUCUCUCUCUCUCUCUCUCUCUCUCUCUCUCUCUCUCUCUCUCUUGUUACACUUUUGGAAUGGGCUAUGCUGAUUUGUUACGACCCUAUCAAGCAUCUUCAGAGUUCUUAUUACACUUUUGGAAUGGGCUAUGCUGAUUUGUUAUGACCCUAUCAAGCAUCUUCAACAAACUCCCAUUACACGUACUAUAAGAAACUGAGGGCCACUAUAAAUUCAAACGAAAAUUAACUUACCUGCUUUUAACUUAAUAGCAUAUACAGUCCAGAAGCACUCAAUGAAUAAAGGGAUGCUGAUCACUGGCAAGACAAUGGCAGAUUUUAGGGAAUGCUAAGAAAAGGAUUACUGUGGUGAAGUUUUCAGUGAGUGCAAUACUACCUCUAAAUUUUAAAACAUUUGUUUAAUUAAUUAUUUUUACUAUUUCCCCAAAAAAUUAACUUAAUGCAGCACUAGGUAACCAUUAUGGAAACACUGGAUCACCACAGGUAAUCACAAAAAGCUCAUCCAUGAAAUAGCCAGAAUGAGUAAUGACCCACAAAUACUUUCAUAUCAUAAAUAUUGCUGAAACAUAUGAAUAUAAGUUGUAUAAAUUCCAAGAACAUGCUCAUAGCUGUCCAUUUGAAAACUGACAGCUAAGACAAUAAAAUGAAAUCAGCACUGAAUAUUGUAGAAAAGACAAGAAAGAGGCCAUGAAAGAUGAUACUGUUGCUGUUAAAUAGAAUUAGAGUCUUAUAACAGACAGUUCAUGUGGAGCAAGUAUUACAAAUAACUUAAAAAUUAGCAAGAAAAAUUGUGUAAGCAGUUGCAAGGUGACAGGAAAUGUGAAUAUCAAAAAUGCAAUACAGAUGUGAUGUAAUGAAAUUAAAAUUUCUCUCAUCCUCAUGUAAAAUGAAGAAAAUCACAAGAUGCUCAAAGGCAAGAGUUUAUAUGAGGCUGCUGAUACGGUUAAGCUAUUAAAAUGUUCUGGUCUUAUAAUGUGUAAUGUUCUUAGUCACAUGAAUAAUACAUAAUUAAUUCAGGAUAUUUUUCCAAAUAUAUGUUAUUGUAUGCUUCUAUAAAAUAAAGGGGGAGAGGUACAAAUAAGUAUCAGACAGUCUAUUUUCUGACAUCACUUUCCAAAAUCUUUGAGAGAAUAGUGUACCAGAGAAUUGACCCCCAGUUGCACCAAUAUGACAAGCUUCCCUGUCACACUUUGAGUUUCAAAAGAAACACUUCUGUAGAACAGAUGUUUGUACAUUCACUGAGAUUAUAGUAAAAUAUUAAAUGAUAAAAAAUAUUACUAAUUGAGUUCUUCUGGAAUUUGCAGAAGGUAUUUAAUUGUGUAAUUCAUCAUACUUUAUUUUACAUUUUAUGGAAUAAACAGUUCAGAACACAAACAUAUUACUCAUAUUCAAGUGUAUUGUAUCACCCCAAUCAAAAGACAUACUUUGUUAUUGUUCCACAAUUUUUGCCACUUUGACUGUGAUAAACUGAUUUCACUGAUGUUCAUCCUUGGCAUGCUGUUGUAGAAGGUGUCACAAAUUCAGUUUAGUAAUAAAAUCCAUGCAGCUUGCAUGUUUAUAUUUAUAUAUACCAGCAUAUAAGGUGACUUCAAGGUUUUCCUUUGUCUG